UUAUAAAUAACAACGGAUGUUAUACUCAUCCCCUAUUAUGUCACGGACUCACGGACUCACGGUCCAAAUUACUUGACUAGGUUUCUGACUCACCACGCUCUACCGCAUGCUGAAUGACAAGUCGGCCACCAGGUUUUACAAACCUACGUUAAGGCUGUGCGUCGGGCUAGCUGCUGACUAAACAUAACGAUGGCCUUGCGGUCAUAUUCAAUGCCACAGCAGUCCUUAGGCUGCGUUAAACGUGGAAUUCCCGUAUUGACGAGUCCUUCUCGGUUUACUGGCUUGCGGACUUCAGCACUGAAUAUCGACAGGAGAGGGGCGCUGGAUGCCGCAUGGAAGCGUCAAGAAGAGGCAGAGGCGCGACAUAAGCGUAUCACGUCCGAUAUCUCAGAGAAAAAGCUGAUUACUUGUCCCGACGCUCCAAGUCUUGACAUAGUCCUGGAGCAAGCUGGUAGCGCACUCGUCGCUGUCUUCGUUUACUCUCGGCAAUGCGGCGUUUGCAAGGAUGCUGCUAAACGGUUUGAUCAGCUACGGACUGAGGCCGUCCAUGCGAAGUCUCGCAUCGUUUUCGUUCAACACGACGUGGAGACGGACUACGGGGAUAGAAGUGACAUUUCCAGGAUAUACAACGUUCGAUCGGUACCAUGCUUCCUUUUCUUCGAUGGUGGUGCUGUGAUACGGCGGCUGUCACUGCGGGACGUGCGAAGCCUGGCAGGCCCCAGACCCAGUAUCCAGGCGGCCCUAGCGGAGGACGUGCGGCGGCUCAAGUCCACCCUGCUGGAGGUGCUGCUCAGCCGGGCACCCAGCGCGCGGAGCUGAGGGGUAAAAAAUAUAUAUGAUGAGACACUGACGAAGCAACUGACGAGCUGUAUGACAAGGCUUCACCAUGGGGG